CUGCUAGUUCUGCCUCUGCCUUCUGCCAGGCCAAGAUGUCGCACGAUGUUACAGACGUUAAGAUACAGCGUAAAAAUGCAGUUAUAUUUAUCAGAAAGAUUUUUGUAAUACGAUUUGUUUGGCUUUGACACACUUUAUUCUAAGGCUGACAAUAGUGCAAGUCUAAUGGAUCUGCAAACUCAACAGAAGAUUUCACAAUUUGAGACGUUUGUGAACAAUGUAUUAAAAGCCGAUCUUGCAAAAUUGGAUGAAAAACUUGAUGCUAAGAAUGCUGACGUUGCCGAAUUUCUACAACUGAAAUCGGUGAUAACUACGUUUCAAAAUACAAACGUCGAAAAAACAGGAUUCAAGACUAAGGUCGAUAUAGGAAAUAAUUUUUUUAUUCAAGCGCACAUUCCAGAUGCUUCAAAGAUUUUAUUAGACGUUGGUUUAGGACAUUAUGUCGAAUUCGAUUUGAAUGAAGCUUUAAUUGUUAUAAAUAUACGGAUCAAGUUGCUGGAAAGACAGAUUGCUCAUUUGCGGAAAAUAAUUGCAAGAACCAAUGCUCAUAUUAAGUUAACUCUUAUUAUAAUUAGAGAUUUACAAGGAAUUAAAGAAUAUGAUCAAUAGAAACUAUUGUAAUGAAUAAAAGAUGAUUUAAUGUAAGAAUCAAAAACUAUUCGAUAAGAAAAUAGUAUAUAUUGGAAUUUGCUAUAAUAGCAGUAUAUAUAAAUUUUAUAAAUUUAUUAAUAAACUUGUAAUUCAAUAUA